UUAAAGUAAAAAAAAGGAGAAGAUUUUAUUGGUUUUUUAAGUAAACAAUGAGAAGAUUUGAUUGGUUUUUUAGGUACAGCUUUCUUUUUUUUUUUUUUUUUUUAAAUAAACGUAUUCGUACCAUUAAAUAAACAAACUAGACCUGGUCGGUCAUUACAUAAUAGGUACAGCUUUCUUAAAUAUGGUGAGAUGAGAUUAGCUAUUCCAACACGGGGCCCUCCCCCUGUCCCUGUCCCUGUCCAUUGCCCAAGAUGCCAAUUUGGAUUUGACUUGUUAUUUUUAGACCAAAAAGACACCAUUUUUAUUUUCUUCUACCUAUUCCUUUGCUAAUGUUAUCUACAAUCUUCUUCUUCUGAAUCGAAAAGCUCAAAACUUGUUUUCAUUCAAACCUUAGAAAGCAAUAAUAAUAAUCAUGGUGGUAUUUGAUAAGGGAGCAAGCUCUUCCACUUCAUCUCUACCCAGAGAAGACACCCCACUUCUGGGCAAGCCUCGUCGUCUCUCCUCCCAAUUCAAGACCUUCGCCAACGUCUUCAUCGCCAUAGUCGGCUCCGGCGUCCUCGGCUUACCUUACGCCUUCAGAAAAACAGGAUGGGUCUUCGGCGCUCUCGUCCUCUUCUCCGUCGCCUUCCUUACCUACCACUGCAUGAUGCUCCUCAUCGCCACGCGCCGCCGCCUCGAUUCCCUUCUGGGCUACUCCAAAAUCGCAUCUUUCGGCGAUCUAGGCUACGCCGUCUGCGGUCCACCCGGUAGAUUAUCCGUCGACAUCAUGCUCGUCCUAGCUCAAGCUGGGUUCUGCGUUAGCUACCUCAUCUUCAUCUCCAAUACCCUAGCUUUCCUCUUCAAUUACCAAUUUUUAGGUCUGGGUGUGUCCCCAAAAUCCCUCUUUCUCUGGGCUUGUUUCCCAUUCCAAUUGGGUCUGAAUUCGAUUCCAACCCUUACCCAUUUGGCCCCUCUCAGCAUUUUUGCCGAUGUGGUUGAUCUAGGCGCCAUGGGGGUAGUGAUGGUGGAGGAUGUGGUCAUCUUUCUAAACCAAAAACCAGCUUUGCAAGCAUUUGGGGGGCUUUCAGUUUUCUUCUAUGGUCUAGGAGUGGCAGUCUACGCUUUUGAAGGUAUUGGAAUGAUAUUACCAUUGGAAUCUGAAACCAAAGACAAAGCCAAAUUUGGGAAAGUGUUGGGACUAUGCAUGGCAUUCAUUGCUCUGUUGUACGGGUCAUUUGGUGUGUUGGGUUACUUUGCUUUUGGUGAUGAAACCAGGGACAUAAUCACCACCAAUUUUGGUCAGGGGCUUGUGAGCACACUGGUGCAGCUUGGUCUGUGUGUGAACCUGUUCUUUACCUUACCACUGAUGAUGAACCCGGUUUAUGAAGUGAUGGAGAGAAGGUUCUGUGAUUCCACCUAUUGCUUGUGGCUGAGAUGGGGACUGGUUUUGGUGGUGAGCUUGGUGGCUUUGUAUGUGCCUAAUUUUGCUGAUUUCCUAUCUCUGGUGGGAAGCAGUGUGUGUGUUGUUCUGGGGUUUGUGUUGCCUGCUUUAUUCCACUUGAUUGUAUUCAAAAGAGAGUUGGGUUGGGUUGGUGUGGUCUUGGAUGGCUUCAUUGUGGCUAUUGGACUCAUUAUUGGAGUCACUGGAACUUGGUCCUCUCUCUUGCAUAUACUUGCCCCCACUGAAUGAAUCCUGAUCAAAUGCAGUCUCUUUACUUUGAGAGCUAUCUGUUUUGAAAUUGAGUCAAAAGAAUCACAAUGAAAAGAAAAGGGUUGUCUUGAAAUGCUGUGUGGUGUACUAGUUCUUUUCUGCAAAGUGUCCAUUAUUAUGCUUCUUUUUUAUAGACAUGCAAGCAAGUGAUUGAGUGAGUGAGUAGUUUUGUACAUUUUACUUUUUUACAUUCCAUUCCAAAGCAUAAAUUAAUGCUUAGUAGUUAAGUUUAGUUUUAAGUUAUUUUGAGUUAGAUUUUACUUUUUGUGAUUGGUUGGUUGAAUGGGAUAUAGAAUAAGGGAAGUUAUCUUGUCCAUUAUCUUAUCAGUUAGAUUUUUGAAAUGUAAAGUUAAAGCUCUUUCAUUUGAUUA